AUGACCGCUGAAGAUGAGAAGAUCCCGAACAGCCUUCGAUGCCGAAUGGCUGUCGAGGACGUUGAUCAGUUGAAGCCAAACGCUGAAACUGAAAAGCAAAGAGCUCUUAGAAAUGUGAACACUAACCUGUCCCAUAAUUCCUGGAAACCAAGAAGUCAUGAAGCAAGAAAAGCAGCUCCAUCUCUAAUCAUCAGCAGCAUGCAACCGAGGCCAAAUUCAUUUAGCUCGACUAGAGCGGAGUGCUUGGAAUUAGCUGACGGACAGUAUUCUUCACAAUUAGCGAUCCGGAUUUGA